GGAGGCCGGCCACAGUUUGCUUCAGCGCCCAGGAUGCAUCGGGCGAAGGAAGUGAUGAAGGUGUCAGAUGGCAGCCUCCUGGGGGACCCUGGGCGCACACCACUGAGCAAGAAGGAGGGCGUCAAGUGGCAGAGGCCGCGGCUCACCCGCCAGGCCCUGAUGCGGUGCUGCCUGGUCAAGUGGAUCCUGUCCAGUGCAGCCCCACAGGGCUCAGAUAGCAGCGACAGUGAGCUGGAGCUGUCCACAGUGCGCCACCAGCCGGAGGGACUGGAUCAGCUGCAGGCACAGACCAAGUUCACCAAGAAGGAGCUACAGUCCCUCUACAGGGGCUUCAAGAACGAGUGUCCCACGGGCCUGGUGGAUGAAGACACCUUCAAACUCAUUUACUCCCAGUUCUUCCCUCAGGGAGAUGCCACCACUUAUGCACACUUCCUCUUCAACGCCUUUGACGCCGAUGGGAAUGGGGCCAUCCGCUUUGAGGACUUUGUGGUUGGCCUCUCCAUCCUCCUGCGAGGAACAGUCCACGAGAAGCUCAAGUGGGCCUUUAACCUCUACGACAUCAACAAGGACGGCUACAUCACCAAAGAGGAGAUGCUGGCCAUUAUGAAGUCCAUCUACGACAUGAUGGGCCGCCACACCUACCCUAUCCUGCGGGAGGACGCUCCUCUGGAGCAUGUGGAGCGGUUCUUCCAGAAAAUGGACCGGAAUCAGGAUGGGGUGGUGACCAUUGAUGAGUUCCUGGAGACCUGUCAGAAGGAUGAGAACAUCAUGAGCUCCAUGCAGCUGUUUGAGAACGUCAUCUAGGACAUGUCGGUGGGGAGGGGUCCUUGAGUGGCCACCACCACCUCUGCCCCCAGAGAAAUCUCAGUCCUGCAGGAGCAGCCUCUAUGAGAAACUUUUUUCUAAUAUAUUUGCAAAAAGUGAACAGUUUGCUCUAGACACACACACACACACACACAUACACACACAGAGCCGUUCCUUUGGGCUGGUAGAGGGGGUGCAGAGGUCAGGGAGGAGCUGAGUCUGGCUGGGAGCUGGAUCCAGGUGAUGAGAGCUAACCACCCGGCCAGCCCCCGACCAGCCCCCGGCCAGCAGUGGAGUGGGGCUGCCUCUGGAGUGGGUGCCUCUGAAAGAGCCGUGUGUGCAGGCUGCUGGCCACGGGGUGCUGCCAGGAAAGCACUCAAGAUCCCCUACAGGAGUGGGUCCAGUCUCCAAAACAAAGGCCCCGCUGGUGUGAGUCCUCUCGCC